GAGCAGUCUCACAGGUGCUGGACAGCCUGGAGGAAAUUCAUGCACUUACAGACUGCAGUGAAAAAGACUUAGAUUUUCUUCACAGUGUUUUCCAGGAUCAACAUCUUCACACACUACUAGAUCUUUAUGACAAAAUAAACACAAAAUCUUCACCACAAAUCAGGAAUCCUCCAAGUGAUGCUGUACAGAGAGCCAAAGAGGUAUUGGAAGAAAUUUCAUGUUACCCAGAGAACAAUGAUGCAAAGGAGCUAAAGCGUAUUUUAACACAACCUCAUUUCAUGGCCUUACUUCAAACUCAUGAUGUAGUGGCACAUGAAGUUUACAGUGAUGAAGCUCUGAGAGUUACACCUCCUCCCACGUCUCCAUACUUAAACGGAGACUCUCCAGAAAGCGCCAACGGUGACAUGGAUAUGGAGAAUGUGACACGAGUUCGACUGGUACAGUUCCAGAAGAACACAGAUGAACCAAUGGGAAUCACUUUAAAAAUGAAUGAACUGAACCAUUGCAUUGUGGCAAGAAUUAUGCACGGAGGAAUGAUUCACCGGCAAGGUACGCUACACGUAGGGGAUGAAAUCCGAGAAAUAAAUGGAAUCAGUGUGGCAAAUCAAACUGUAGAACAACUACAAAAAAUGCUUAGGGAAAUGCGUGGAAGUAUUACCUUUAAGAUUGUGCCAAGUUAUCGCACGCAGUCUUCAUCCUGUGAGAGAGAUUCCCCCUCUACAUCCAGACAGUCCCCAGCUAAUGGUCAUAGCAGCACUAACAAUUCUGUUUCGGACUUGCCAUCGACAACACAACCAAAAGGACGACAGAUAUAUGUAAGAGCACAAUUUGAAUAUGAUCCAGCAAAAGAUGACCUCAUUCCUUGCAAAGAAGCUGGCAUCAGAUUCCGCGUUGGUGAUAUUAUUCAAAUCAUAAGCAAAGACGAUCACAACUGGUGGCAGGGUAAACUUGAGAACUCCAAAAAUGGUACUGCAGGUCUUAUUCCUUCUCCUGAACUUCAAGAAUGGCGAGUUGCUUGUAUUGCCAUGGAGAAGACCAAACAGGAGCAACAGGCCAGCUGUACAUGGUUUGGAAAGAAAAAAAAGCAGUACAAAGACAAAUAUUUGGCAAAGCACAAUGCAGUGUUUGAUCAAUUAGACCUCGUCACAUAUGAAGAAGUAGUAAAACUGCCAGCAUUCAAAAGGAAAACACUAGUCUUACUAGGUGCACACGGUGUUGGAAGAAGACACAUAAAAAACACACUCAUCACAAAACACCCGGACAGAUUUGCUUACCCCAUUCCCCACACAACCCGACCUCCAAAGAAAGAUGAAGAAAAUGGGAAAAAUUACUACUUUGUAUCACAUGACCAAAUGAUGCAGGAUAUAUCAAACAAUGAAUAUUUGGAAUAUGGCAGCCAUGAGGAUGCAAUGUAUGGGACAAAACUGGAAACAAUACGAAAGAUCCAUGAGCAGGGACUAAUUGCAAUACUUGAUGUAGAACCUCAGGCAUUGAAGGUCCUGAGAACUGCAGAGUUUGCUCCUUUUGUUGUUUUUAUUGCUGCACCUACGAUUACCCCAGGCAUUAAUGAGGAUGAAUCUCUUCAGCGCCUGCAGAAGGAGUCUGAAAUCUUACAGAGAACAUAUGCACACUACUUUGACCUAACAAUUAUCAACAACGAAAUUGAUGAAACUAUCAGGCACCUGGAGGAAGCCAUCGAGCUUGUGUGUACAGCCUCACAGUGGGUCCCGGUCUCCUGGGUCUACUAGACCAGUCACAAGAGAAUUGAAUCAAAAGUCUGUCAUUACUGGGAACCACCUGAUACGUGGAAGUCCUCCUCGUUAUUGACCUUGUGUCAGCAGGUCUUGGCCCCUAGAGACUACCUAGAUGUAGUGUGACCUAAAAUAUAAUUAUUGUCAUGUCCGAAUAGAUAGGAAGAGGGGGAAAAAAAAUUAAACAUUAAUUUAAAGAGACAGUAUCUUUUUUUAAUCAUUUCUCCUAAACUUUAAUAGAAUGUAUCUUUAAAUAUAUGUAUUAUUCAGUCCUUUGGGAUGUUAUAUUUUUGGAAAUCAUAGCUUUUUAUUUCAAGGGCCCCUGAAAACUGCACAAAAUAGAUGCUGCUUUCUAUAAUCUAUUUUAAUAGUAAUAAUAAUAUGAUUCUGUUACCUUAACUUGGGGGUGGAACACUACAUUCUUUUUAGAGUCUGAUUUUAUGGAUUGGAAUACUUUGCUUUUCUUUAUUUAUUUGAAGUAAUUAGUCUAGUGGUUACAAAACAAAUUCAUAAAUUUUAAAGGACUUUUUUCGCUCUUUUUUUUUUCUAGGAUAGUAUUUUUAAGUACUUUUGUGUAACAUCCAGAUAAUGUGAUACUGUCUCUUUGAAGAACUAUGUAAAACUUUUAGAAAUUUGAAAUUGGGUCUUGACUCUUAAUGCAUGUGGACAGUCGCAAGCGUUCAUGCCGUUGGUGUAUCUGUGUUGAUAAAACCUGUAAUCUACAGCAAAGUACAUUCCGUUCAUGGGAACACGUACCCAAGGGAAUAAAGUAAAAUAUUACUCUAAGUUGUAAACCUAUGCACAUCCCUUGCAUUUUGGGCAACUUUAUAAAAAAAGAAAAAAAAAAAACAAACUGAUUUUUAUUAAUAAUAAUCAUGUAGUGAAAUGUGUUUGUAAUUUUGUCUCAAUUUAAUUUGUUGUAAGGUGGGAGGGGGCAAAUACUGGUUUCACCAUUUCAGAUCUGUGUUGUCUGAGAGUAUUAACGUUUUAAUUAAGUUUAAGCAAAGAAAUGCUGAUUUUUAAUAUGUAUGUAAUUGUUUAAAAAUGCACACAUUUUAAAAGAAAAUACUGUGCAAUGAAGAAACCAGUUUAGGCAUUGCGAUAAACUGACUAUUCCAAAAGACUCAUCUACAACAGCCCUGUAAAUUCCUUUAAAAAUGGUAAUCGACUUUACAGUCUGACCAAUUUUUUUUUUAUUUUAAAUAUACUUCCUUUUAUGUGUUCAACAA